CCCGGCAAAGUGCUGAAGUUGGGAAGAAGUUUUUGCUCACUGGCGACUCCCUGAACGGGUCGAUUCGUGAGGAAGGCGGAGCUCAUCCCGUUUCUCAGCCUUCUCUUUCUCCUUUAUCUGUUUGGUCUCUAUCCUGCCUGCCGGGAAACAUGGUAAGUCGUGGGUCGGCUGCUCCUGUAGCCUCACCUCGGCUUCGGUUCUGGGGAUUUUGGUGCCUUGGGAAAGGGAAAACAAGGCUGGUUAAAGCGCAAUGCGUGUUUCCUCCUGGGUCUUGGGAAGGCGCGCAGGACUGUGUCCCGGGAGUGUCAGCUGGGCCCGUGGGUGCCAUGCAGCGUGCACAGCCCUGGCCCCGAAAUUUGUGGGUGCCUGGCCCCUUCGUGGGCAAUUUUGUGGGUGCUCGGGCACCCCAGGGCGUUGGCACCGUGUCCUGCGCGUGUUGGCAGCCAGCUGGGUCUCCCGGAACACGUGUGUAGCGGUAAGCCGGUCACGGGUGUGGCUGAAGGGCACCAGGUUGAGAUCUCGUGUGAAUGGGGACGUGUGGCGUCGAGUUGCCCUUCCCUUCCCCUCGGGAAAUGGCCCCUGGCUAGUCUUUCCUGGGCAUCGGCUGCGCUGGAGCUUUUCUCUGACUCCUGCGAUGGGGCCCAGCGCUUAGGAAAACAAAAAAAAUCGAGGGAAGAUCACUUGCGUGUAGGACGUGGGGAUCGUAACGCGCAGACACGUGUCUGCUGGGCUGAUGUCUUGAGGAGCCGCAUCCAGGCUCUUUCCGCACGCCAGGCGUGGGGUGAGCAAACUAAUGCUCUGAGGGUUAGGGAUGUGGGCAGGAUGCGCAGCUCUGUUGCCAGCUUCCUCAUGUAUAAUAAUAAUAAUAAUAUAAUAAUAAUAAUAAUAGACAUCCACUCCCACCCAACGGGCGAACCCGGCUCUGGGGAACUUUUCUGAAUCUCGAUUUAGCUGACGUGAGGUGCCUUCUCUGCCUGAGUCAGGCGCUGGAUACUGAUAAUCCUGGGGGAGAGGGCUUGGAGUGUAUUUGUUGCUCUCUUGCAGCUCUGUAGAGCCUGGUAGGAGAUAAGCCAGAAGCAGGAUUCAUGGGUAGUCAAGGAGCAACAAGACAGGCCCAGGAGGAUAAUAGUAUGCGCGAGAAACAGGGAGGGGUUGCUAGAAACCUCCCUUUAUUCAUUCUGAGAAAUGGGUCUCCAUGGAUCUGCAAAUAAGCUAUUUCCAAGAUCCUCCAGACUGCGCGGUUAUCUUGCUUUUGCGAUGCUCAGCGGCAGGACGUGACCCUCUUAAGCUCAGAAUGACAGUUUCCUGGCACCAUCUCCCUUCUUGACUUUGGACACGGCAUGCUAAGACGCUUAACGCAGCAGGGUUCAAAAGAUCUACACAAGCAGGGUGCAGAGAAUGUGGUGGAAGGGGCCUGUCGAAGAACCGAACUUGUGCUUGCUUAUUUUGGCUAUUGGUUAAAAGAAGGAAGUGCUGUGAACCAGAGAGCUUCUCCAAAUCACAGCUCUCUAAAAACCGCUCUGUUUCCAAAUGCCCAUUGCAAAAGUGCCAGCCUAAGCUGUUUGGGUAAGACUUAAAAGGCAAGCUCCUUUGGGCUUGGGUAGCAUCUUGAAAGCGAAAGUAGCCAAGUUUGGACUUGCCAGCUGCUCUUGCAAAGAGAUGCGCUAAACGGCCUCGGCUCAGUAUACCUGAAGGAGCGUCUCCACCCCCAUCAUUCUGCCCGGACACUGAGGUCCAGUGCCGAGGGCCUUCUGGCGGUUCCCUCACUGCGAGAAGCAAAGCUACAGGGAACCAGGCAGAGGGCCUUCUCGGUAGUGGCGCCCACCCUGUGGAACACCCUCCCAUCAGAUGUCAAAGAUGUCAAACUACCUGACAUUUAGAAAACAUCUGAAGGCACCCCUGUUCAGGGAAGUUUUUAAUGUGUGACAUUUUGAUGUAUUUUUAAUCUUUGUUGGAAGCCGCCCAGAGUGGCUGGGGAAACCCAGCCAGAUGGGCGGGGUACAAAUAAUAAAUUAUUAUUAUAAGGUGCUUUCUGCGGCAUUGCAUAAUGCCCAGCUGCUGGUGAAAAGGACGAAACUUCUUUUAACUUGUGCUGGAAGAUGUGGCACGUACAGCCAGAGUCAAGGAAGGACAAUGGAAGGUAGAAUUUUUAUAAUCGAAAAGGGAUGUAGUAAAGCACUCAAGAUGCAGUUGCAGCGUCAAUAAAAAAUGUAUGAGGCUGCUCAGCAAGUAGUGAUUUAUUUACUUCAUAAAGUUUAUAUACGUCUGCACCAGGGAUGCCAACUUCAAUAAAAUAUUCGGGGUGGGGGCAGGUAAGCCCCACCCCGCCUUGGAUCUGUCGUGUGGGUAGUCUUCUCUUCUGUUUUCAGCUGUUGCUGAAUACUGCCUCCACCGCAAACAACCAGCUACAGCAAGCCUAAUCUAGUCAGGAAUUCAAAAUAGUUGGUUUCGAAACAUCUACCCAUUAGCAUCUAGAUUAGAUGGGCACUCCUGAGGAAGCAAGCAUUACAGACUAGGAACCACGACUCCCUUGAACUCAGGCUCCCCUAUAAUAUCCAGACCUUGCCUAUUUUUUUUAUCAAGGGAAGAGCUCUGAGCACGGGGCCUGCAUGUGGCUGUUACAGUCGGGCAUCUCUCUGUGCAGAUUAUUAAAAGAAUGGAAGCAGAACAGGCUCAAAUUGAAGAUGCCAUAAAUGUAACACAGUUAAUCUUAGAAUAUAGUUGAUGGCAGGGAUAGCCAUUAAUGUAAUAAAUAAAUUACAGCAUUUGUUUGUGAGUGGGUGUUAUUGGUUUUUUUGGUCAUUUGUUUAUUUUUUUAAUUUUUUAUUUCAAUACAUUUCCAAAGUUUACAAAAAAGUAAAUAAAAGAUACGUAAGAUAGCAGCACAAAAGGAUAUAAUGCAAAACAUUGAAAAAAGAUAAACUCAGCUUACGAACAGAAAAAAAGGAAAAAAGGGGGGAAACCGUAAACAAGACAGAAAAAUAUUUAUCAACAACAUUAUUUAAGGAGUACAAACCAUAACUUGAAUAAUCUAUACACAAAAUUAUAAGAAGAAAUUACCUUCAUACUAGUUUGAGUCCCUUAUUAGUUUUAUUGACUUCCAACUAUCUCUUUGCGGUUUCAACUUGGCUAUUACAUUUAAAUAGCCUGUACAGUAAUUAAUUGUUUGUCCAGAUAUGAUGGAAAAGUUUCUCUUUCUGUGAAAUUAGACUAAACACAACCAAGUGUCGUUAUAGGAGGUUUUUUUUGUCAUUUAUAUGUAUUUUGUGUUCUUCUUUUGUAUCUUUCUGUUGUAAACUGCCCUGUGAUCUUCAGAUGAAGGGCAGUAUAUGAAUUUAAUAAAGAAACAGAAAUAUACAAAUAUCCAAUAAAGUGUAUUUUGGAGUCCAGAUGGGUUACUGGGUGACUCACCUGUUUCCAUCAGCUCCAGCCAGCAAGGCCAUUCAUCAUGGAUGGGAGUUGCACUCCAGUGAUAUUGGGAUAUGUUAGGUAUUUAUUUAUUUCUUGAAUUUAUAUACCGCCGUAUACACGGAGGUCUCAGGGCAGCUCACAGAACAAAAUAAAAAAUGUAAAACCACAGAAUAUAUAAUCAAAAUAAAGAUAACAACCCAAUAACCCCCUCCCAUCCAAAAACCCACAUUUUAAAAGGGCAAAGGAUGUCAAUCAAAUCAACCAAAGGCCUGGUUAAAAAGGAACGUUUUACGAAGGUGCCAGGUGAACUUCCCUGGGGAGAGGAUUCCACAAAUGGGGAGCCACUGCAGAGAAGGUCUGUUCUUGUGUUGCCGCCACACUCUAGAUCAGCGGUUCUCAACCUGUGAGUCCCCAGUUGUUGUUGGACUACAACUCCCAUCAUCCCUGAGCUCUGGCCUUGCUAGCUAGGGGUGAUGGGAGUUGUAGUUCAACAACAUCUGGGGACCCACAGGUUGAGAAAGGCUGCUCUAGAUCAUGGGUAGGCAAAUUAAGGCCCGGGGGGUGGAUCCGGCCCAAUCGCCUUCUCAAUCCGGCCUGUGGACGGUCUGGAAAUCAGUGUGUUUUUACAUGAGUAGAAUGUGCCAUUUUAUUUAAAAUGCAUCUCUGGGUUAUUUGUGGGGCAUAGGAAUUUGUUCUUUCCCGCCCUCAAAAUAUAGUCCGGCCCCCCACAAGGUCUGAGGGACAGUGGACCGGCCCCCUGCUGAAAAAAAUUCUGACCCAUGCUUUAGAUCUCUCGAGGUGGCAUACAAAGAAGGACCUCAGAAGAUGAUCUCAGGAUCCAGGUAGAUUCAUAUGGAAAGAGGCGGGCCUUGAGGUACUGUGGUCCUGAGCCAUUUAAGGCUUUAUAGGUCGAAACCAGCACUUUGAAUUGGGCCCAGAAACUCAUUGGUAGCCAGUGCAGUCGGACCAGGAUCAGUGUAAUAUGCUACCACAGGACUAGACUAUUCAAGCACGGUAAAGGUAAAGGGCCCCUGACCGUUAAGUCCAGUUGCAGACGACUCUGAGGUUGCGGCACUCAUCUUGUUUUACUGGCCGAGGGAUCCGGCGUUUGUCCGCAGACAGCUUCCGGGUCAUGUGGCCAGCAUGACUAAGCUGCUUUUGGCGAACCAGAGCAGUGCAUGGAAACGCUGUUCACCUUCCCGCCGGAGCGGUACCUAUUUAUCUACUUGCACUUUGAGGUGCUUUUGAACUGCUAGGUUGGCAGGAGCAGGGUCCGAGCAAUGGGAGCUCACCCCGUCGCAGGGAUUCAAACUGCUGACCUUCUGAUUGGCAAGCCCUAGGCUCUGUGGUUUAGGCCACAGCGCCACCUGCGUCCCUUCAAGCACUGUAGAAAUGUCUAAAGAGACUUCCUGGUGCUGCACUUGAGGAAAUGAGUCUUGGAAAUUGGAGCUCUUAAGGUCUGGUGAGCUAGUCCAAAACAGCUCCUCAUCUUCCUCUCCGCGGUCCACGCUGGUUUCCAAAAAUCACCAGCUUCCAAAUCUCCAUUGCCAACUGAUGACCUGCAGCCACGUCCCCUUGUUAGUGUUUUUUUCUGCCCCCGUUACUUUGUGCUAUCCAUACCACUUUAUCUUUGGCUUCUUAUCUUAUUGUAAAGGUAAAGGGACCGCUGACCAUUGGGUCCAGUCGUGGACUCUGGGGUUGCGGCGCUCAUCUCGCUUUAUUGGCCGAGGGAGCCAGCAUACAGCUUCCGGGUCAUGUGGCCAGCAUGACUAAGCCGCUUCUGGCGAACCAGAGCAGCACAUGGAAACGCCGUUUACCUUCCCGCCGGAGCGAUACCUAUUUAUCUACUUGCACUUUGAUGUGCUUUGGAACUGCUAGGUUGGCAGGAGCAGGAACCGAGCAACGGGAGCUCACCCCGUUGUGGGGAUUCGAACCGCCGACCUUCUGAUCGGCAAGUCCCAGGCUCUGUGGUUUAACCCACAGCGCCACCUGCGUCCCUCUUAUCUUAUUAUAGGACUAGUUAAACAACUAUCCCCACAGCUGUUUCUGCUGGGGACUCCUCUGUAUUAAGGGGUCUGCACUUUUAACCAUUGCUGAGACCUAUCCAGCCAUAGUUUCCAAAUGCCUGGGAUGUUCAGUGACAUAGCAACAACUUAGCCUGGCCUUUUUGUUGAGCUGCAAACACUUCGCUACUCUAGGGAUGUACAUGAAUGAUCCGAACAAGUAAUGAGAUUUCAAAGCUGCCCAUGGAAAAUAUGUGGACAAUGGACUUCCAACAACUAGCAGCUGAGAUAUAUGAAGGACCAGGGCAUUGCCCUGAGAGAUUCAGGGCAAAUCCCAAGGCAUAAAUUUGCCUGCAAUUGCACAUGCCAAUUUUUAUUCAUAAAUAGAUGCAAGUUUUUGUUUUUGGGCAAAUUAAGAUCACAGGUUACUGCAUGGUGCUGUGAAGCAUGCCCAGCAGCCUCAAAGUCCAAACAGUUUAAAAUUAAGAUUUUAGAAAGGUUGGGGAAGGGGCAGAAGAUUGGGGGGGGCAGUGCAAAAGGACUGGAACUUAGGCCUACCCCUAACAAUACACUUAAAGGGACUAUAGGAGUCUUGUAAACAUAAUUCUACCUGGAGACACUCCAGUGUACUCUUUGACCAGGACAGUCACUUGUUCAUUCAUCUCUGUGUCUGCGUAUUCUUCAAGUAGUGGUGUUUAAGAAGGGGCAAGACUGUUGCAACUGUACAGUCAUACCCCGGGAUAAAUAUACUUCAGGAUAAGUAUUUUCGGGUUGUGCUCCACAGCGAUCCGGAAGUAACGGAGCGCGUUACUUCCGGGUUUCGCCGCUUGCGCAUGCGCAGAUGGUCAGAAUGACGUCACGUGCAUGCGCGGAAGUGGUGAAGCACGACCCACAGAUGCGCUGUUGCGUCUGCAUGUUCUAUUCAGGAUGUGAACGGGGCUCCGGAAUGGAUCCCCUUCGCAUCCCGAGGUACCACUGUAUAUAUACAGUGGUACCUCGGUCUAUGAACAGGCUUGUUUAGGAACUAUUGGGUAAACGAACUCCGCAAAACCGGAAGUACAGUGGUACCUUUGGUUACGAACUUCAUUCAUUCUGGAGGUCUGUUCUUAACCUGAAACUGUUCUUAACCUGAGGUACCACUUUAGCUAAUGGGGCCUCCUGCCGCCGCCGCCCGAUUUCUGUUCUUAUCCUGAAGCAAAGUUCUUAACCUGAGGUACUACUUCCGGGUUAGUGGAGUCUGUAACCUGAAGUGUUUGUAAGCUGAGGUGUCUGUAACCUGAGGUACCACUGUAAGUGUUCCAGUUAGCGAACUUUGCCAUGGAAGCCAAAUGGUGGAAGGGCACCGGUGGCAGGACACCUCAGUAGGGAAAGUGCGCCUCGGUUUAAGAACGGACUUCCGGAACGGGUUAGGUUCAUCAACCGAGGUACCACUGUAUUAGGCUUCAUGCUUCAGGCACUGCUUGUUCACUUGACUAGUCUUUUCCACAAGGAAAUGCCUACUAAAUGGAAGCUUAAUAUAUAAAUGCAAACAUCUUGUUCCUCCUUAAACAGCACCAGCCUAGUUGAAGAAUAUGGGGCAGGGAGACAGAUUAUAAUGGACAGAGUACCUUCAAUAAGUACACUCUCUCCAUAUGCAUUACUGGCUAGAACACGGGCCAGCAAACUUUUUCAGCAGGGGGCCGGUCCACUGUCCCUCAGACCUUGUGGGGGGCUGGACUAUAUUUUGGGGGAGAAAAGAACGAAUUCCUAUGCCCCACAAAUAACCCAGAGAUGCAUUUUAAAUAAAAGCACACAUUCUACUCAUGUAAAAACACGCUGAUUCCCGGACCAUCCGCAGGCCAGAUUUAGAAGGUGAUUGGGCCGGAUCCGGCCCCCGGGCCUUAGUUUGCCUACCCAUGGGCUAGAACAUUACUUAUGAACCUUCUAAGCUUUUAAGGCCGGGAAAUAGAGGCACAUUGUUUUCAAACAAGGACAGAAUGCAAAACAUGUUCUGCUUUGCAUGAACAAUUCACAAAUUGCUACCAUAGUUGAAUUUCCUCUGACCUAUCCGUCUUGUUUCUCACACUGGCUACACAAUCCUACUUAAUGUCUCCUUGAGCGACGUCCACUGCAUUCCUCUGGAGUUAAAACUGCCAUCUUGUGCAUAUUUACAUGGGAUUAUUAAGCGAAAAGGAUUCCAGGAUAAGGGUUAGUAUAGCCUUGAAAUUCUUGUCUUCAGCAAAAGCACAGAAUGCCUCUGAUAAGUUAUUUCUCUUUUAAACAGUCUGUUGCAAAAACUUCACCGCUGGUCGUCUUGAGGUUUGUACCUUUCCCUUGAAAGACCAAAUAUAGGAUUAAUAGGGGCAUACUUACCCCUAAACACAAAGGGCAGCUGUGUAAACUGCUUUGAGGUUCUAUGAACCGAUUUGAUGUGUUUCUUUUAAAAGUCAAGUGGCAGAUACAUUUUGCUAAAAAAAUUUUUUUAGAAACUGCUGAGCUCAUUGAAGUUGUGUUGCCCAUUUAAACCUCUAAAUAGGAUUAAUGACUUCAAAAUGACCUUCAGAAAUGAAAUUCACCCUAACCAAUUCCUCUGACUAUUUAUACUACAAGUCUGUAUGGUGAAGAACUCCAGAUUUGAGGAUUAAAGAAUACUUGGAAUGAGCACUGCUAACAUUGCCCAUCCAGUAGACUGCUAUUCAGGCACCAAGAAAGGGACAACAUUUUAAUCUGGAAUGUUUGUGGAGAUGGGGAAGUCUUCCAUUGAGGUUGAAUCCUGACAAGACAGAAGUACUGUUUUUGGGGGACAGGGGGCGGGCUGGUGUGGAGGACUCCCUGGUCCUGAAUGGGGUAACUGUGCCCCUGAAGGACCAGCUGCGCAGCCUGGGAGUCAUUUUGGACUCACAGCUGUCCAUGGAGGCGCAGGUCAAUUCUGUAUCCAGGGCAGCUGUCUACCAACUCCACUUGGUACGCAGGCUGAGACCCUACCUGCCCACGGACCGUCUCGCCGGAGUGGUGCAUGCUCUGGUUACCUCUCGCUUGGACUACUGCAAUGUGCUCUAUGUGGGGCUACCUUUGAAGGUGAACCGGAAACUACAACUAAUCCAGAAUGCGGCAGCUAGACUGGUGACUGGGAGCGGCCGCCGAGACCAUAUAACACUUGAAAGACCUACAUUGGCUCCCAGUACGUUUCCGAGCACAAUUCAAAGUGUUGGUGUUGACCUUUAAAGCCCUAAACGGCCUCGGCCCAGUAUACCUGAAGGAGCAUCUCCACCCCCAUCAGAUGUCAAAGCAAUAAACAACUACCUGACAUUCAGAAGACAUCUUAAGGCAGCCCUGUUCAGGGAAGUUUUUAAUGUGUGACAUUUUAGUGUAUUUUUGGUCCCUGUGGAAGCCGCCCAGAGUGGCUGGGGAAACCCAGCCAGAUGGGCGGGGUACAAAUAAUAAAUUAUUAUUAUUCCUGUUUCAAAGGUGAAAGGCAAGGCAUAUCAGUUGAAGCUGUAGGGAUUCCAUUUUGAGUUCUCUUCAGAUUGGCAGAUGCUGUUAGCUGCAAAAGCUGUCAUGUGUCUCUAUUACCAAUGGUCAAACAGAAGCAUGAAGUGAGAACGUCAUUCUUCUGAAAAUAGGGCUGCCAUAUUUCCAGGGAGAAUUUCCAAAAUGUGGUGCUUUGUCCAGGAUCUUGUGGGGGGAAAACUCAACAACUUUGGGGUUUUUUUAAAAAAAAAGCUCUGUUUUGAAAUAUGGCAACCCUGCUGAAAAGAACUCCAAAUAUCAACAUCUCACUUAUUAAAAGAGGAGUGUAUUUUUCACAUAUCCUGUUUCUAAGUCAAUGAAUUGUGGCUGCCUUUGCUUUCGUGCUGUCGAGUCUUCAGAAUAUUCUACAAGUCAUCAGUAAGCACACAGUUUCUAAUAACAUGCAUUUCAAUUCUGAAGGGGCAAGAAGACUUCCUUAAUGAUAGGGGUUUAUGAAUGGACUGUUCUGUUGCAUGAAAAUUACACAACAGCCUGCUAGUAACCAGGGCUGCCAUAUGUCUGGUUUUCCCAGGACAUUAUCAGGACUUCUUUUAUUGAAAUAAAGUUUAUUUGGUUUUACAAAUAUAGAAUUAUAACAAUAUAAAAUACAUAUCCAUAUUUAGAAUUUUCCAUCUUCCCCUCCAUGGGUCCUAUUGCCCCUGUUCAACUGCAUAUUAUUUCAUAAUCCAUAUUUUAGAUCUCUCCAUUUUGUCCGUAAUAUCUGCCACAUUACAGGUAGCAAAAGACAUGACACUUGCAAUGUAUUUUACACUUGUAACAUUAUUGGGAUUUCAAAGAUGGAAUUGAUGUUGGAGGCGGGGGAAUUGAUGUCGGUCGGCGCUUUGUCCUGGAUCUCAAGCAAGAUUGUGGGUGUUUUUGUAAAAAAAACCCAAAACUCAACAACCUUUGGGAUGUCCUGGUUUUUACUUUUUAGAAAGAUGGCAGCCCUACCAUUAACUAAGCAGCUAUCUAGCAAAGAUUUGCUCAGAAACAGUGGCUAGUGCCUUUGUGAGAACCGCUCUUUCAUCUCUGCAGUUCUGGAGGCAAGUCAAACGCCUCCACUUCUGAAGUAGAAGAUAAACGAGGCUGCUGCAAUUAGCGGCCCAAAGUCACCCUGUGAAUUAGUGGAUAAGUAGUUACAGGUUGACUUGCACAUGAGUUUAAGCUGAUGAAGCGUACCUUGCCCACGGAGGGGAGGGGGGAAUGGUUAAUGUUUUCUAAGAACAGGUCACGCUUAAUUUCACAAACUUGAAUUUGCAUGGGAACAGGUGGUAAUUGAUUGACACGUGGGGAAAUUGUCAAGUGGUGACCGGUCCUUCAACCGAAACCUCCCUGAGAGCUGUAUUUCUGCUGGAGCUACUACUAUAGCUGCUUCUUUUCACAGCGCGAGUGCAUCUCUGUCCACGUUGGCCAAGCCGGAGUCCAGAUUGGCAAUGCCUGCUGGGAGCUCUACUGUCUGGAACAUGGCAUCCAGCCUGAUGGGCAGAUGCCCAGUGACAAGACCAUUGGGGGAGGAGACGACUCCUUCAACACUUUCUUCAGUGAGACGGGAGCUGGCAAGCACGUGCCCAGGGCCGUUUUCAUAGACUUGGAGCCAACUGUGAUUGGUGAGCAUACAAACAAGACAGGCUACAGGUGGGGCUGUAGCUUACAUACCCUCCAACAUUUCUCCAGUGAAAAUAAAGGUAAAAAGGUAAAGGGACCCCUGACCAUUAGGUCCGGUCGCAACUGACUCUGGAGUUGCAGUGCUCAUCUCGCUUUAUUGGCCGAGGGAGCCAGUGUUUGUCCGCAGACAGCUUCCGGGUCAUGUGGCCAGCAUGACUAAGCCGCUUCUGGUGAACCAGAGCAGCGCACGGAAAUGCCAUUUACCUUCCCGCCAGAGCGGUACCUAUUUAUCUACUUGCAGUUUGACACUUCGAACUGCUAGGUUGGCAGGAGCAGGGACCAAGCAAUGGGAGCUCACCCCGUCACGAGGAUUCGAAAAUAGGGAUGUCUAAUAAUAAUAAUAAUAAUAAUAUAAUAUAAUAUAAUAUUACUUAUACCCCGCCCAUCUAGUCGGGCCUCCCCAGCCACUCUGGGCGGUUUCCAACAGGAUAUUGAAAACACAAUGAAAGAUCAAACAUUAAAAACUUCCCUAAACAGGGCUGCCUUCAGAUGUCUUCUAAAAGUCAGAUAGUUGUUUAUUUCCUUGGCAUCUGAUGGGAGGGCAUUCCACAGGGCGGGUGCCACUACCGAGAAGGCCCUCUGCCUGGUUCACUGUAACCUCACAUCUCGCAGGCAGAGAACUGCCAGAAGGCCCUCGGAGCUGGACCUCAGUGUCUGGGCUGAAUAAUGGGGGUGGAGACAUUUAAAUUACCAUGUAUUUAAAGCCCAUUCUCUUCCCCACCCACAAGAAUCAUAGCAGCUGUAGUUUCCCCCUCACAGAGCCAACAUCCCCAGCACCCUUGACAAACUACAGUUCCCAGGAUUCCUUGGGAGAAGUCAUGUGCUUUACCUAUAUGGUGGGCAUGCCGCCCAAAUCUCCUCAGAAGCCUUAGGCAUGUAUUUGUCCUGGUGUACAACAAAUAUGAUUCCCCAAGGGCAGAUGGUCUUAAAUACCAUUUCACUCGGGAUCACUUCUCUCCACAGAUGAGGUGCGCACUGGCACCUACCGCCAGCUCUUCCACCCUGAGCAACUCAUCACUGGCAAGGAGGAUGCUGCCAACAAUUAUGCCAGGGGCCACUACACCAUCGGCAAGGAGAUCAUUGACCUGGUCCUCGACAGGAUACGCAAACUGGUGAGUUGACGUCUGCUGCCCGUGGGACUGGGGGAAGGAAGUAUUCAGGGGCUUCUAAACACAACAGGAAAGACGUUUCACAAAAGCACCCUUUAUAAAUGGAGAAAAGGCAUUUCUUUAAUAUGUUCCUUCUUGUUUCCUCUGUUCCGGAUGUGAGCAUGGUUGUAGCAAGAAAAAGCACUGCCCGUGUCAAGAGGGAAUGGCCAGCUUUUUGGGAAUAGACAAAACCCUUUAAAAAAAGAACAAAUGGGGACCCUCCAAAACUAAUUAUUAUUAUUAUUAUUAUUAUUAUUAUUAUUAUUAUUAUUAUUUAUUUGUAUCUCACCCUCCCCGGCUGAAGCCGAGCUCAGAGCAGUUAAUGUCAUAAAAACAACACAAUAAAUGAGGACUGAGUGUGCUUAGAGUCCAUAGAAAUCUAGAUGCUAGAAUGAAGAGAAAAUGCAAAAUCAGAGGGGAGAGGGGAGAGGGGAGAGGGGAAUGGAAUAGCAAAGGGGGGAUCCUGAAACACCCUCCCCCACUCCUCCCACUGCAAUGUUUUGUUGCAGGUUUCACUUUAUGUUCAAGCUGAAUUAAACUUUUGAGCUGGGGUCUUUUAAAACCUCUCUCUUUCCAACAGGCCGACCAAUGCACAGGUCUCCAGGGCUUCCUGGUCUUCCACAGCUUUGGUGGGGGCACCGGUUCUGGGUUCACCUCCUUGCUGAUGGAGCGCCUGUCCGUUGACUACGGCAAGAAGUCCAAGCUGGAGUUCUCCAUCUACCCAGCUCCCCAAGUCUCCACAGCUGUCGUCGAGCCCUACAACUCCAUCCUGACCACCCACACCACCCUGGAGCACUCCGACUGCGCCUUCAUGGUAGACAACGAGGCCAUCUAUGACAUUUGCCGCAGGAACCUGGACAUUGAGCGCCCCACUUACACCAACCUCAACCGCCUUAUCAGCCAGAUUGUGUCCUCCAUCACGGCCUCCCUGCGAUUUGAUGGUGCCCUGAAUGUAGAUCUGACAGAAUUCCAGACCAAUCUGGUGCCCUAUCCCCGAAUCCACUUCCCCCUGGCCACCUACGCCCCAGUCAUCUCUGCCGAGAAAGCUUACCAUGAACAGCUGACAGUAGCAGAGAUCACCAAUGCUUGCUUUGAGCCAGCCAACCAGAUGGUGAAAUGUGACCCUCGUCACGGUAAAUACAUGGCCUGCUGCCUGUUGUACCGUGGGGACGUUGUUCCCAAAGAUGUCAAUGCUGCUAUUGCCACCAUCAAGACCAAACGUAGCAUCCAGUUUGUAGACUGGUGCCCCACCGGUUUCAAGGUUGGUAUCAACUACCAGCCCCCCACGGUGGUCCCCGGGGGCGACCUGGCCAAAGUGCAGCGUGCCGUCUGCAUGCUGAGCAACACCACAGCCAUUGCUGAGGCCUGGGCUCGCCUGGACCACAAGUUUGACCUGAUGUAUGCCAAGCGUGCCUUUGUCCACUGGUACGUUGGGGAAGGGAUGGAGGAAGGCGAGUUCUCGGAGGCCCGGGAGGACAUGGCUGCCCUAGAGAAGGAUUACGAGGAGGUUGGGGCAGACAGUGCCGAUGGGGAUGAUGAGGGCGAAGAAUACUGAUUUCUGUUUGUAUCCGUUUGUUUUCUACUUCUUGCUCCUGUCUCCUUCUGGAUGCCUUCUGCUGCCCAUUGUGUUAGACUCAUUAAAAAGAAACAUUUGGUUGAAAGCA